AUGACAGAACAAAACCAAAGUCCCUCAACCCCUGAUGGGCUAAUCAAUACAUCCAAGGGCAGGGAAUACUGGGAAAACACGGCAGGAGAUGUCGAUGGGAUGCUCGGUGGCAUUCCCACUUGCGGUGGCUUCUCGUCGAUUAGCAAAAUUGACCUUCAAGGCUCACGAGCGUUCUUAGCAAGGUUUGGGAUUGGCACCAAGAAUGACCGUCGCACACUUACCAAUGUGCUUGAAGGUGGCGCAGGGAUUGGAAGAGUGACAGAAGGCUUGCUUCUUCGGGUUUCUGAACAUGUUGACAUCAUUGAGCCCAUUUCAAAAUUCACAAGCUCCUUACAAGACAAACAAGGAGUGCGAGACAUCUUCAACGUUGGAUUAGAAGACUGGCAGCCCAGCAUUGGACAACAGUACGACCUCAUCUGGCUGCAAUGGUGUUUGGGUCAUCUUACGGAUGAGCAGCUCUUGCGAUUUUUAGUCCUCAGCAAGACGGUCCUUAACCCUACUACUGGCUUAAUUGUUGUGAAGGAGAACCUGAGCACCGGAGAGACGGACCUUUUUGACGGCACAGAUAGCACCGUUACAAGGAAAGAUAGCAGCUUCUGUAAAAUUUUUGAAGAGGCGGGUUUAACUAUCGUCAAGACUGAGCUUCAGAGAGGGCUGCCAGAGCGGUCGCCCCGACGGCUACUUCCUGUGAAAAUGUACGCUUUGCGGCCAAAGGAUCAGGAUUGA